CACUUUACGGCACUUAACAUGGCGGCGCCCUUGUGAUGUUGGGGGCAUGCUACGUCUCGCGUGGAUCUCCAAACCACGGAUCCUGGGCAGGCCCCUUCACUCUCCUUGCUGACCCCUAGCUGCCCCUUCACUCUCCUUGCUGACCCUUAGCUGCCCCUUCAGUCCCCUUAGCUGCCCCCUGCUCAACUCGCGGGCGUCGCUCCUGACGUCGGAAGAAGUCAACAUCCUCCCGAGGCUAAGCAAAGCGCGUUGGGCGGCGCCAUGGCCUCCAGGUGCGCGGACAUCAACGCCAGGGUGGCUUUGCUGACCGCGCGUUUCUCCAAGAAGCCCCCGCUGGAGCCCAAGAGGGCCCUGGCCCUGCAGGACAAGGCCGGCUUCAAGCGCGAGGCCUUGGGCGAGGCGACGUGCAUCACGGAGAUGAUGCUGCUCAUGGCAUGCUGGAGGCUCAACAACUUUACUGACACGCCGUGCUCCAGCGAGAUCAGGGCCUUCUCCAACUGCUCUUCCAAGACGAAGGCGCAGUUGAAGGACGAGCAGGACAGCGGGAAGCGUACCCCCAGCAUGAUGAGUCAGAAGCAAGCCAACGCUCUCCUCUCACGCUUUCCCAUCAAGGCAAACAUCAGGCGAGGCAGAUUCUGGGAUCUGGCAUCUUCGCAAAAGUCUUAGUCCCCCGAUAUACACCACGACAAGUUUGAGGUGCGACCAGCCUUUUAUUUUACGAGAUGGCUAUGGUAUUCAUCAGUCCAACAUUUUCCCAGCAUUGCGAUAAGUUUAUGGAUGUUGAAUGAGGUUCUGCUGGAAUACGGUGAUGUCACCUUGUAGGUAUGCAAUUAUGCAUGGCUUAAAAAAUAUCGAUUAAUAGGCAUGUGAUGUACGCCUAAAACCAUCUGUGAAAUAAUCUAUUGUUAUUCAAAAAACAUGCAGACGAAGCUGAUGUUGCAUCGUGGCUCAUGGAGCAAACAGAACUGGUACACGACAGGAAAAUGAGAAACAUUACAAACGAGGCAGUAAAAAUCAGACAUCGUGAUCCCCAAAUCAUAGCAAUUUUAAUUUCUGGGGAGUUAAUGGUGACACUUAUAGGGCCUUGUAUUUAAAUGAUUAGGCACGUGUAGAGAUAUGGUGAGUUGUGUGCGAUGGCGGAAGUGAUGUUGGUCAAAUUUGUUGUGCACUCUAAUAAAGGCAUUCUCUUACAAUA